AAUAAAAGACUUAUACUUUUUUCCAAUGUUUUUUUUUCUGGAAUUUGAAAAUAACGUAUUGAACUAGAAUAGAAUACAGAAAUCAGCAUAAAUAAUUAGGGCGGUGCGGCGUAGAUUUGUGACUGAUUGUCAGUCGACUUUUAUGGCCCGCACCAACAUCGUGCAUACCGAGGUUCGAGCAAGCUGUGAAGUAAUAUUUUUGAGGCAGGCGUAUUCAUACUAUUGAUCCUCGUAAAAUGUUACGUUCUUCAGUGACACGGUCGGUUAGACACCGUCGUUGUGUAUAAUAUCCACCAGUGACUGCGUCGCGUUAUCAAUAUUAGUCUUCCGGACAUGUUUCUCGGGUACAAUGGAGUUGGGAGUAAUUGAUUUCGCAAAAUGUAAUGUAAACUUCUCUCAGCCUACGUACGAAGAUUUAAAAAAAGUUGGUGAAGAAAUUUAUGAAGCAUUUUCAACGAUUGGUUUUGUGUAUUUAAAAGAUACGGGAAUUUCAGAUGAUGAAGCGACUGAAGUUCACAAAGUAUCGAAGGAAUUCUUUGAUCUUAAUGAUGAUAUUAAGCUCAAAUAUACACUUAACCAAAACUUGUUUGGAUAUGUUGCCCCGGGCGUAGAGAAUAAUGACCCGACAAAGCCUGGAGAAUAUAAGGAAUCUUUUGAUGUUUCGGGACCAGGCCUUGCUUCGCUGGAUUCAAAAUGGCCUGAUGAGGAUCUUCCUGGAUUUUCAGACACUCUGAAGAAAUUUACAAAAAAGCUUGGACAAUUGGCUAUGAGAAUUAUCGAAGCGCUUUCGAUCGGUAUGAAAAUUAAGGAUGUGGCAUAUCUUCAAAAACGCCAUUCCCGAAUCAACAAUGUGAAAAAUAUAACAACUCUGAGAUCUUUAUACUAUCCAGUGAUACCAAAGGACUACGUAAUAAAAGACGGAGAAAUGAGAUUGGGGGAACACACCGAUUUCGGAUCCUUCACGAUUUUAUUUCAAGAUUUCGUAGGCGGUCUUCAGGUUAUGCGUCAAGAUGGAACAUUCAUUGAAGCAACACCUAUCCCAGGCACUGCUCUUGUCAAUAUUGGAGACUGUUUGCAAUUUUGGACAAAAGGGAAAUUGAAAUCCACGAUUCACCGAAUUCCGAUGCCAGAAGUAGACGGACCAAUGAACAAGAAAAGAAGUUCGCUGGUAUAUUUUGUAAUGCCUGAUCAUGAAGCCGAGUUGUCAGAAAUUGAAUGUGAAGGCGUCGUUUUAUCGCCAGAUACAAACGACACACCCACAAUUGCACUGGAACAUUUGCAGAAGAAAUAUGCGGAAGUAAACAUGCCUAUACCAAAUUAGGAGUUUGCACAGAAGAAGAGAAUGCUUUGCAUUAAUUUUUUGUUAUACCUGAUUUAUGGAGACAAUUGUACACACCAGUGUGGCCCAAACCCUGACAUACUGGCCAGAUGCUCACUGCAAGGAAAACAUAUUUUUUAGCGCUUUAGGGUAUUUAUUAGGGCAUUAUUAGACCUCAACUCAGUUUGAAUAGACGAAGAAUAUUUUCGAGAGGGAAAAGUGUUCCGAUCCCUAUCACGACGUUCUAACCAUCAAAUGAUUCGAAUAUUUCACUCGGUCUAAUGUGUAAUUGAAAAGGAACCCGGAAGGUAAUUCAGCAUCGUCUCAAAGCUGCGACGUAACCUGCCAAGAUUAUUGUAACCAGUGCUGGAUUACCCAUCUAAGCAAAAUAAGCAUGUGCUUAGGGCACCAAGGGAUAGAAGACACUGCAGAAAAGGCACCAAAUUCUUCAGUGCUAAAAGCCUCUAAAAUGCAUGAUCUUGCCCGGAAACUAAUAACCCACGAGCCAUGCAUUCUGUCGACACAAAUACGCGUGGUAAAUUAUCCGAUUAGAUCUAGUUUUGAUUAGCAUUUUCCCGACUUCGUUAAAUAUCAAAUUUGUUCCGUUUUUUGCAACACUGAUUCCUCCAUAUUGCAGUCAAUCGGGUAUUUUUAAGAUCGUUGGUAAAAAAUUCCAAUAUCUGAAAUAGAAUCCCAAAAAUGCAUUUAUUUCAGUAGAAUUGGAAACUGAUUGACCAUACUUUGCAUUGAUUAGCUUAAAUUUUAUUAUAAUCCGGGUGAAGAUGGCGUGUAGCCACUUUAUUUCUUGGAACAUCAAAAUAAUUUGAUUCAAUUAGCAUUGAUCAUAUUGUAAAUACUUAUACUUCAACAAUGUUUUUUCAUAUCAAGUUCUUUGACAUGAACUACUUUGUGCAUUUAUAUCAAUAUCCAACAUAAUAACAACCUCAACCUCAAGAUAUCUCAGAAAUAACUAUAUUUACUCUUCAUACAUUAAUAAAUAUUCUUUAUUUGGCAGUCAAA